AUGCGGAAAAACCUUUAUACCACAAACCGAACAACUAAGCCUAAAGGCAGGAAUGGGGUUAAUAAGCUACAGAGUUCCGUCUCAAAUAGUAAAUUUAGCAAGAUUAAGUCUAAAAUUUCAACUAAAUGGAAAAACCCAGAGAAAACUAAGAUAAAGUUUCAGUAUAUGACUGAUACUAAGAGUUACAAAAACCAAUAUUCAACACUGAGCGAGAAUGUUGAUCCUAAUAAGCCUGCCCAAACUGGCUGAAUUGAUUUCUUUAGUGAGUAUAUGGACACUUCAAACUUCUAUUCAAAUGCUCCUGAAGAAAUUAAAAAGGAACCAGAGAUUCAGAACACAGUAGAAUAUCAUAAAGAGCCUAGUAAAGAGGAUUACCAAGAGCCAUCUCCUGAGCUAAUGAAGAAAGCACAAAAAUUCCAUGAUAAACUUAUGAAGGAUUUUCAAAAGAAAAUACUGAAGAAAAUGCAUAAAUAUAAAGAAAUAAAGAAAUAAACUGAGAGAUGAAAAAGAAAUCAGAAUAUGUAAAAGAAUUAGGUUAUUUAAUCCUAGAUAUACCUUCUCAUUAUCAAAAAGAAAGUUAAUAAUAAUUCUAAAAUACUGGAGGAAAUAUGCACUAAAAUAGAAAGGCUUAUACUCAAAACAAAACAAAGAAUAAUUUAAGUAACUCUCAAUCAUCAAUACCUGACACAGAGAUAACUUUCGCUAAACCCUCCAAUCCAGAUCCCCAACCCAUUUCCAAACCUUCUAAGCGAUCAAAAAGACGUUCUCGACGUCCUAAAAGGCCUAUUUCACGACAACUCCGUUCACCUGCUCCUAAAUUCUGUUCCAAAACCACCUCUAAAACUCCGAGCCAAGCUGAAAUAGAGACCUUCAUCAAAAUAGAAGAUAUGUCUUCCCAAAGGCCAGCUCAAAUCGUGACUAAAAAACCUAGUGCAAAUGAAGUCCUAGCCAAGAUCUUCAGGUCACAAAAUCUGAAGCAGAAAGCGUUCAGCACUUUUAGAUCUCUACUCUAG